AUGCAGGGUGGAGACAGCUGCGAGCCAACUGGGGAGGACCCCAAAAUGCACAAUGAGGCAAAUGAAACAAGGGGAGAAUACCCCAAAGGGAAUUUAAUCGAAAAACACAUGAACACUCUGCUGAAAGGGAAUUAUUUUUUUUACAUAAAGAAUUACAUUCAUCACAUCUUGAGGAACGCGGACAUUUGCAGGGAGGAUAAACCGAACGAAACAUUUUUCGAAUUUUACAGCAAUUUCAAGAAUAAAAAAAAAAAAAUUUACUUUUACAACUCCGAGGAACUGCUAAGUGACGUGUACUGCGACGUCUCGGAGGCAUCCGAUGACAGUGACUACAACUACUUUUUUGAGAAGGCCAACCAGCUGCAUGACUACGAGGGUGAAGACGGGUCGGAGGAGGGGGGAGCGGAAAAUGACAUCGUAAUGCAGGUGACUGGGCAGCAGGAGGCAGAUGCGGCUGACGAUGUGGAGAAGCCGAACGGGGACAUGUGCCUCAUCCCGAACCUGAGUAAAAAACUGAAUACUCUGCACUUUCAGAAGCGCCACUCGAUGUUGUCCCUCGACGAUGAUAAGAGUAAGCGUGAUGCGAAGGAACGUAAGUUUGCCAAGUACGCCUGCGUCCGCUGCCUAAGGGGUAGGUCUAGCGACGAGAGAGACCUUUCUAAUGCGUCUAACGCACCUGACCCCUCUGACGAGGGUAGCAACGUUUGUCUACUGCAGAUCCUCAUUUCGAACUUAACCAAGGAGGAGCUACUCUUCUGGGCGAAAAUCAAAGACUGCAUAGAGCAGUUCCUCGGGACGAUAAAAGCGGCCGUCCUUUUCAAGGGCCCAGCCAACUAUAUCGAAACACCGUAUGUAGAAAUUAUGGAUGAAAUAGAGAAGCGACAAAGGGAUGAGGAGCACAUAAAAUAUAAAAAAAAAAAAAAAAA